AUGGGUUCCGACAUCACAUAUACUGGAAGUUUACCUCCGAUGGACUGGUGUCUCAUGAGAGUGGUAGAGGUGAGCCUUGCCAAGAAAAAGCCAACAUGGCAGUCCUCUGACAAAUAUUCCUCUGACAAGGCGGUAGAUGGAAACUUCUCGUUAGUUGGUGACAGUUGCACAUCUGAGGCAUCUCCAACUGAUGUCACAUGGAUGGUAGACCUCGAAGACAUAAAGAGUAUAGCAUAUACAUGUAUAUGGAUAACUUAUCGAACGGAUAAUGCACCAUUUGCUAACAGUUUUUUUGCUAGCAGAUUGUUGGGGUUUUCUGUAUACGUGUCCAAUACAACCAACAAAGAGGAUGGUCAUUUAUGUUUUCAUGAUUCAGGAAAUAGCAUAUCUACUAUAUCUAAUUUCAAAAGUAUAACGUGUGAAGUACAAGGCCGUUUCGUGAUAUAUUACAACACAAGAGAAGGAAAUGACAACAAAAGACCAGGUUAUUCUACAACGGCUCACCUUGAUCUGUGUGAAGUAUUAGUAAUUGGAUGUCCUCUCGGAUUCUUUGGGGUCAAAUGUUCCAUACCUUGCCCGCCUUCUUGUCGACAUUGUAACUAUAACACAGGGAAAUGUCUUGGAGCAUGUGCACCCGGAUACCACGGUGAAGCUUGUGCAAAAUAUAGCCGAAGUAAGUACAACAUGAGAAGAAUACUUAAGACUACAUGUCAGAUAUUGGAAUGA